CUUCAGCUUUACUUACCCCUCUGAGGUCUGAUCUCUCUCCUCUUCGAUCUUCCCUGCUUCCCUCUUUUGUCCUCCGGAGUCUGAGACUAGGGUUUUGGGGUUUUGGCACCGGCGGAUCGCGACCGGGGGGCGGUGUUCUGCCGAACGGCGGGCCUUUCUAGUGAACAGUGAGUUGAGCGGGUGGGGAGAUGACUCGGUUGGAGAAGACGGCGUCGAUCGAUGCCCAGUUGAGGCUUCUGGCGCCGGGGAAGGUGUCCGAGGAUGAUAAGUUGGUCGAGUACGACGCCCUUCUUUUAGAUCGGUUCCUCGACAUCCUCCAGGAUUUGCACGGUGAAGAUCUCAGAGAAAUGGUUCAAGAAUGCUAUGAACAUUCUGCUGAGUAUGAACGGAAGCAUGACCCGAGGAAACUUGAGGAGCUGGGUAAUGAACUGACAAGUCUGGAUCCUGGCGAUUUAAUCGUUGUUACCAAAUCAUUCUCGCACAUGCUUAACUUAGCCAACUUGGCUGAGGAGGUGCAGAUUGCCUAUCGCAGAAGAAUCAAACUAAAGAAGGGUGAUUUUGCUGAUGAGAACUCUGCAACUACUGAAUCAGACAUUGAAGAGACCCUAAAGCGUCUAGUAGCGCAGUUAAAGAAGUCCCCAGAAGAGGUCUUUGAUGCUCUCAAGAACCAGACGGUUGAUCUUGUUUUGACUGCACAUCCAACUCAGUCAGUCAGAAGGUCCCUGCUUCAGAAGCAUGCAAGGAUAAGAAACUGUCUGACGCAGUUGACUGCCAAGGAUAUCACUCCUGAUGACAAGCAGGAGCUUGAUGAGGCUCUUCAGAGAGAGAUUCAAGCCGCCUUUAGGACUGAUGAGAUCCGAAGAACUCCUCCCACUCCUCAAGAUGAAAUGAGGGCUGGAAUGAGCUAUUUUCAUGAAACAAUAUGGAAGGGUGUUCCUAAGUUCUUAAGGCGAGUGGAUACAGCACUUAAAAACAUAGGAAUAGAUGAGCGUGUACCCUAUAAUGCUCCUUUGAUUCAGUUUUCUUCAUGGAUGGGUGGGGAUCGUGAUGGAAAUCCCAGAGUUACACCGGAGGUUACAAGGGAUGUGUGCUUGUUGGCUAGAAUGAUGGCUGCAAACUUGUACUAUUCCCAGAUAGAGGAUCUCAUGUUUGAGUUGUCUAUGUGGCGCUGCAACGAUGAACUCCGAGUACGUGCAGAUCAACUACAUCGCUCCUCGAAGAAAGAUGCAAAACACUACAUAGAAUUUUGGAAAAAAGUCCCUCCAAGUGAACCUUAUCGUGUUGUGCUAAGUGAUGUCAGGGACAAGCUAUACAACACACGGGAGCGUUCUCGCCAUUUACUGUCUAAUGGAUAUUCUGACAUUCCUGAAGAAGCAACUUUCACCAAUGUUGACCAGUUUCUGGAGCCUCUUGAGCUCUGUUACAGAUCGCUCUGUGAUUGUGGUGAUAGGCCCAUUGCUGAUGGAAGCCUCCUUGAUUUCUUGCGCCAAGUGUCAACCUUUGGCCUGUCUCUUGUGAGGCUUGAUAUCAGGCAAGAGUCUGACAGGCACACUGAUGUUAUUGAUGCAAUCACCAAGCACCUGGGAAUUGGGUCGUAUCGUGAAUGGUCUGAGGAACAACGUCAGGAAUGGCUGUUGUCUGAACUUAAUGGAAAACGUCCUUUAUUUGGUCCUGACCUACCCAAGACCGAUGAAAUUGCUGAUGUUUUAGACACAUUCCAUGUUAUAGCCGAACUUCCUCCGGACAAUUUUGGGGCUUAUAUCAUUUCAAUGGCAACAACACCAUCAGAUGUUCUUGCCGUUGAGCUGUUGCAGCGUGAAUGCCAUGUGAAGAAGUCAUUGAGAGUAGUGCCACUGUUUGAGAAACUUGCAGAUCUUGAUGCAGCUCCUGCAGCUGUAGCCCGACUUUUUUCAAUUGAAUGGUACAGGAAUAGGAUUGAUGGUAAACAGGAAGUUAUGAUUGGGUAUUCAGAUUCUGGAAAGGAUGCCGGGCGUCUUUCUGCAGCGUGGCAGUUAUAUAAAGCUCAAGAGGAACUUGUAAAGGUAGCUAAGCAAUAUGGAGUGAAAUUAACAAUGUUUCAUGGGCGAGGGGGAACUGUUGGAAGAGGAGGCGGUCCUACUCAUCUUGCUAUAUUGUCUCAGCCACCAGACACGAUACAUGGAUCCCUCCGAGUUACAGUUCAAGGUGAAGUAAUAGAGCAGUGUUUUGGGGAGGAACAUUUAUGCUUCAGAACUCUUCAACGUUUCACAGCUGCUACACUUGAGCAUGGAAUGCGUCCCCCCAUUUCUCCAAAACCAGAAUGGCGUGCUUUGAUGGAUGAGAUGGCUAUUGUGGCUACAGAGGAGUAUCGAUCAAUUGUCUUCCAAGAACCACGUUUUGUCGAGUAUUUCCGACUGGCGACACCUGAGCUGGAGUAUGGUAGAAUGAACAUUGGCAGCAGACCUUCAAAAAGAAAGCCCAGCGGAGGCAUUGAAUCACUACGUGCAAUCCCAUGGAUUUUUGCAUGGACGCAGACACGGUUUCACCUUCCUGUGUGGCUUGGAUUUGGUGCGGCAUUCAAGCAUGUGUUGCAGAAGGAUAUCAGGAAUGUUCACAUUUUACAGGAGAUGUACAAUGAAUGGCCAUUUUUCAGGGUCACAAUCGAUUUGGUGGAGAUGGUCUUUGCUAAAGGAGAUCCUGGAAUAGCUGCAUUGUAUGAUAAACUUCUAGUGUCCGAGGAUUUGUGGGGCUUUGGGGGGCGACUCAGAGCCAACUAUGAAGAAACAAAGCGUCUUCUUCUUCAGGUCGCUGGUCACAAAGAUCUUCUUGAAGGGGAUCCAUACUUGAAGCAGCGGCUGCUGCUGCGUGAUGCUUACAUUACAACCCUUAAUGUUUGCCAAGCCUACACACUGAAGCGUAUUAGAGACCCGAGCUACCAUGUCAAUGUGAGACCCCAUCUGUCGAGGGAGAUAUCAGAGUCCACCAAACCAGCAGCAGAAUUGGUGAAGCUGAACCCAACAAGCGAGUAUGCCCCUGGGCUGGAGGACACCCUCAUCUUGACGAUGAAGGGUAUCGCUGCCGGCAUGCAGAACACUGGCUGAACUAUAUUUACGUCUCUACGAGUGUUUCUUCAAAGGGCAUGUAGUAAGUAGGCUUGUCUGUUGUCGUCGUAUGUAUGUAGACAGUAAAAUUGCCCUGGUCUUAAUAAAAGGGAACAGACUUGUGCCCAAGAUAUAAAAGCAUGAUAUUUGAGUCAUA